UCAUUCCCUCAGGACCCAGGCACCCAGGCUUGCUCUCUACCCUUCACCCUUCACAGGUCUUCAGGGUCCCCAUUCCUCCUGGCCCUGCGAUCAGCAGCCUCCUCCAGGAAGUUGGAACCAUCUGCCUGGCAUGGGGCCCAGGGUGUGGCCUAAGGAGCCAAAAAAACUCCAUUAUAUAGCCCAGCCCAGGGGCUAACCCUGGAGCUCCAGGGACCUGCAGACAUGGGUUUCCUGUGGAGCUGGUGGACUCUCUGGGCUGGAGCAACCCUCCUGUGGGCAUUGACCCAGGAGGCCUCAGCAGACCCCAGCAACACUGGAGGGGAAGAAUUCCUCACAGCCUUCCUGCAAAACGACCAGCCAGGGAUCAAGAACCGCUUCCACCUCCACCUCCUCCUCUCCAGUCUGUCAAACAGCACUGCCUCGGUCUCCAUUCUCAGCCAGGCAGACAACACUUCACAGGAUGUCACAGUGAAGCCUGGGCAGUCAGUCACGGUCAGCAUCAGCACCGAGGCUGAGAUGAUCGGCAGCAACAUCUUCCAGCAUGCAGUGGUAGUCAAAUCUGACCACACCAUCUCAGUGCAGGCCAUAAACACUAAGCCCAACACAGGGGAGGUGACGCUGCUGCGGCCUGUCUGGGCCCUGGGAACUGAGUACUUUGUGUUCACAACCUCUAGCCGUUCAAUCAAGAAUGUCAAGGAGUUUGCUGUAGUGGCUGGUGCAUCAGGUGCCUCCAUCAGUGUGCAGCUGAAGGGGGCAGUGACAUUCCAGGGCAAGAUCUACCCAGCUGGCAGUGUCCUUAGUGUGACUCUGAAGGCCUACCAGGUAGCCCAGGUACAGAGCGAGGCUGAUCUCUCAGGGUCAAAGGUCACAGCCAGUAGCCCCGUGGCUGUUCUCUCUGGCCACACCUGUGCCUCGAAACACACAAGCUGCAACCAUGUGGUGGAACAGCUGCUACCCACGUCUGCCUGGGGCACCCGCUAUGUGGUGCCCCCUCUGGCCUCCCAGGUCCGCUUCGAUCUGGCCUAUGUCAUGGCCAGCCAGGCCACGAAGCUGACCUACUACCAUGGGAGCAUCAGUAACGUCAGAAUGCUCCAAGAGGGUGAUGUGAUUGAGUUUGAGGUACGGCCAUCCCAGCCACUCUACCUGUCUGCAGAUGUGGGUAUCCAAGUCCUGCUGUUUGGGGCAGGUGGCAAUAGGGACAAAAUGACCUAUGAUACCUACCUGGUCCUGAUCCCGGAUGUGGCAGCCUACUGCUCUGCCUAUGUGGUCAGUAGCAUCCCAGGCUCUAAGGGUGUGGCCGUGAUGGUGGCACCAACAAAGGCUGCUGAUGAGUUGACCAUGGAUGGGCGCAGGAUGGGACCAAGGCUCACCUGGGUAGAAGUACCAGGCAGUGAGUUCUCGUAUGCCGAAGUGGACCUCAACACUACUAACUUGAUCCACGUGAACAUGGCCACUACUGACUUCGGACUGCUCACCUUAGGGCUGGUCCAGUCUGGGGGAUAUGGGACAGCAGCGGCCUGCAUCCAGUCCCAGGGAUCUGCGGAGAAGCCUUCCUGCCGAGGUGUGCAGUGCACUUCCUCCGAGCUCUGCCAAGUGGUGGAUGAGCAGGCCAGGUGCGUGCCAAGAUCCGUGGCCACCUGCCGAGCCCAGGGUGACCCCCAUUACACCACCUUCGAUGGCCGUCGCUAUGACAUGAUGGGCACAUGCUCAUAUACAAUGGUGGAGCUGAACAGUGAGGACCAGACCCUGCCAGCCUUCAGCGUAGAAGCCAAAAAUGAGCACCGGGGCAGCCGCCGCGUCUCUUAUGUGGGCUUUGUCACCGUGCGUGCCUACAGCCACUUUGUGUCGCUGGCCCGUGGGGAAGUUGGCUUCGCCCGGAUUGACAACCAGCGCUCGCGGCUGCCUGCCUCAUUGGCCAACGGUCGCCUGAGUGUGUACCAGAGUGGGAUGCGGGCCGUUGUGGAGCUGGACUUCGGGCUGGUGGUCACCUACGACUGGGAUUGCCAGCUGGCACUGACCCUGCCCGCCCGCUUCCAAGACCAGGUGUACGGACUGUGUGGCAACUAUAAUGGCAACCCCACUGACGACUUCCUCACACCUGAUGGGGAGCAGGCUCCUAACGUUGAGGAGUUUGCCACUAGCUGGAAGCUGGAUGAUGGAGACUACCUGUGUGAGGAUGGCUGCCAGAGCAACUGUCCCUCCUGCACCCCAGGGCAGGCCCAGCACUAUAAGGGUGACCGUCUCUGCGGCAUGCUGGCCAAGCCCAAUGGUCCUUUUGCCGCCUGCCAUGAUGCUCUAGACCCCCAGCCCUUCCUGGAGAAUUGUGUGUACGACUUGUGUGUGGCCAACGGAGACCGGUCCAGCCUGUGCCGUGGCCUCAGCGCCUAUGCCCAGGCCUGUCUGGAGCUCGGCAUCUCUAUUGAGGACUGGAGGUCACCAUCCAACUGCCCCAUGUCCUGCCCCGCCAACAGCCGCUACGAGCCCUGCAGCCCCGCCUGCCCGGCCUCCUGCAAUCCCACGGCUGCGCCGGCCAACUGCUCCGAGCUCCCCUGCGUGGAAGGCUGCACUUGCCUCCCGGGCUUCGUGGCCAGCGGCGGCGCCUGUGUGGCGGCCUCGUCCUGCGGCUGCACCUACGAAGGCCGCCCCCUGGCGCCCGGUGAGCAGGUGUGGGCGGACGAGCAGUGCCGGCGUCGCUGCACCUGCGAUGGCGCGACCCACAAGGUGAGCUGCAGCGACACGCAGGGCUGUCCCGCCGGCGAGCGCUGCCGCGUACAGAACGACCUCCUGGGUUGCUACCCGGACCGCUUCGGGAGCUGCCAGGCAUCUGGGGACCCGCACUACGUGACCUUCGAUGGCCGGCGCUUCGACUUCAUGGGCACCUGCACCUACCUGCUGUCUGGCUCUUGCGGCCAGAACGCGGCUCUGCCCUCCUUCCGGGUACUGGUGGAAAAUGAGCAUCGGGGCAGCCCGACUGUGAGCUACACGCGCGCCGUGCGCGUGGAGGCCCUUGGCGUGACGGUGGCGGUGCGCAGAGAGCAUCCUGGUCAAGUGCUGGUCGAUGGCAUCCUUCAGUACUUGCCUUUCCAGGCGGCAGAUGGGCGGGUGCAGGUGUUCCGCCAGGGCCAAAAUGCUGUGGUGCGCACGGACUUUGGCCUGACCGUCACCUAUGACUGGGAUGCCCGUGUGACUGCCAAGGUGCCUGGAAGCUAUGCUGGGGCCCUGUGUGGGCUCUGUGGGAACUUCAACGACAGCCCAGAUGAUGACCUGGCCCUGCGGGGCGGGGGCCAAGCUGCUGAUGCCCUGGCCUUCGGGAAGAGCUGGCAGGAGGAGACAAGGCCAGGCUGUGGAGCAGCCGAGCCAGGUGACUGUCCCAAGCUGGACUCCCUGGUAGCCCAGCAGCUUCAGAGUAAGAAGGAGUGCGGGAUCCUUGCUGACCCUGAGGGGCCCUUCCGGGAGUGCCACCACAAGCUGGACCCGCAGGGUGCCAUGCGAGACUGUGUCUACGACCGCUGCCUGCUGCCAGGCCAGUCUGGGCCUCUGUGUGAUGCACUGGCCGCCUAUGCGGACGCUUGCCAGGCCACUGGGGCCACUGUGCACCCUUGGAGGAGCGAGGAACUUUGCCCGCUGACCUGCCCGCCCCACAGUCACUACGAGGCCUGCUCCUAUGGCUGCCCGCUGUCCUGCGGGGACCUCCCGGUGCCCGGCGGCUGUGGCUCUGACUGCCGCGAGGGCUGUGUGUGCGACGAGGGCUUUGCGCUCAGUGGUGAGUCCUGCGUGCCCCUGCCCUCCUGUGGCUGCUUGUACCAGGGCACCUACCACCCGCCGGGCCAGACCUUCUAUCCUGGACCGGGAUGCGAGUCCCUUUGUCACUGCCAGGAGGGUGGCCUGGUGUCCUGUGAGCCCUCCACCUGCGGCCCGCAUGAGGCCUGCCAGCCGUCCGGUGGCGUGCUGGGCUGCGUGGCUGUGGGCUCUGUCACCUGCCAAGCAUCAGGAGAUCCUCAUUACACCACCUUCGACGGCCGCCGCUUUGACUUUAUGGGCACCUGUGUGUAUGUGCUGGCUCGGACCUGUGGGACCCGGCCCGGCCUGGAACAGUUCACCGUCCUGCAGGAGAAUGAGGAAUGGAACAAUAAGAAAGUCAGUGUGACCAAGGUGAUCACUGUCCAGGUGGCUAACUUCACCCUGCGGCUGGAACAGAAUAAGUGGAAGGUCACGGUAAACGGCGUGGACAUGAAGCCCCCUGUGGUGCUGGCCGAGGGCCGGGUCCGCGCCUUCCAGGAAGGCUCAGAUAUGGUGAUCAAGACUGACUUUGGACUGCGUGUGGUCUACGACCUCGUGUAUAAUGUGCGGGUCACAGUCCCGGGCAACUACUACAAGCAGUUGUGUGGCCUGUGCGGGGACUACAAUGGCGACCCCAAGGACGACUUCCAGAAGCCCGACGGUUCGCAGGCCGCCAACCCCAAUGAGUUUGGCAACUCCUGGGAGGAGAAGGUGCCCGGCUCUCCCUGCCUGCCGCCUCCCACCUGCAAGCCUGGCGAAGACUGCCACCCUCAGGAGUGCGGGCCUGAGCUGCAGGAGAAGUACCAGCAGGAGCAGUUCUGUGGGCUCCUCGCCAGCCCCACUGGGCCACUGGCCGCCUGCCACAAGCUGCUGGAUCCCCAGGGUCCCUUGCAAAACUGUGUCUUUGAUCUCUGUGUCGGUGGUGGAAACCAGAGCAUUCUCUGCAGCAACAUUCAUGCCUAUGUGAGUGCUUGCCAGGCAGCUGGAGGCCAUGUGGAACCCUGGAGGACCGAAUCUUUCUGUCCAAUGACGUGCGCCCCCAACAGUCACUAUGAGCUCUGUGCAGACACCUGCUCCCUGACCUGCUCCGCACUCAGCACGGCCCCUCAGUGCCCAGAUGCCUGUGCCGAGGGCUGCCAGUGUGACCCUGGCUUCCUCAGUGACGGCCAAGCCUGCGUGCCCAUCCAGAAGUGCGGCUGCUACCACAAUGGUAUCUACUAUGAGCCGGAGCAGACAGUACUCAUCAACAACUGCCAGCAGCAGUGCGUGUGCCACGCCGGGAAAGGCCUGGUGUGCCAGAGCCACUCCUGUAAACCGGGGCACGCGUGCCACUCCACGGCAGGCAUCCUGAGCUGCGUCAAAGACCCGUGCUUUGGUGUGACGUGCCGGCCACAGGAGACAUGCCAGGAGAAGAAUGGCCAGGGUGUGUGUGUGCCCAACUACGAGGCCACGUGCUGGCUGUGGGGCGACCCCCACUACCACUCCUUCGAUGGCUGGAACUUUGACUUCCAGGGCACCUGUAACUACGUGCUGGCGACAACCAGCUGCCCAGGGGUCAGCAACACCCAGGGCCUGACACCCUUCACCAUCACCACCAAGAAUGAGAACCGGGGCAACCCUGCUGUGUCCUACGCGAGGCUUGUCACUGUGACCACCCUCAACACCAACAUCUCCAUCCACAAAGGCGAGGUCGGCAAAGUCCGGGUGAAUGGCGUGCUGACAGCGUUGCCUGUCUCUGUGGCCGGCGGGAGGCUUUCAGUGACCCAGGGCCCAUCAAAAGCAAUGCUGGCAACCGACUUCGGGCUGCAGGUCAGCUAUGACUGGAACUGGCGAGUGGAAGUGACUCUGCCCAGUAGCUACCACGGCGCAGUGUGUGGGCUCUGUGGGAACAUGGACCGCAACCCUGGCAACGACCAAGCCUUCCCUAAUGGCACCCUGGCUCCCUCUAUACCCAUCUGGGGUGGCAGCUGGCGAGCCCCAGGCUGGGACCCACUGUGCUGGGACGAAUGUCAGGGGUCCUGCCCAACAUGUCCUGAGGACCGGCUGGAAGAGUACAAGGGCCCUGGGUUUUGUGGACCCCUGGCUGCCGGUGCAGGAGGCCCCUUUGCUGCCUGCCAUGCCCACGUGGCACCUGAUAGCUUCUUUAAGGGCUGCGUUCUGGAUGUCUGCCUGGGCGGUGGGUCCCACAACAUCCUUUGCCAGGCUCUGGCAACCUAUGCUGCUGCCUGCCAGGCUGCUGGCAUUGUCAUCGAGGACUGGAGGGCACAGGCUGGCUGUGAGAUCUCCUGCCCCAACAACAGCCACUACGAGCUCUGUGGCCCACUGUGCCCUGCCAGCUGCCCGUCCCCUGUGCCCCCCACGACCCCAGUCCCCUGCGAGGGCCCCUGCGCCGAGGGCUGCCAGUGUGACCCGGGCUUUGUGUUGAGCGUAGACCGCUGUGUUCCUCUGGAUGGCGGCUGUGGCUGCUGGGUCAACAACACCUACCACGAGGCAGGCAGCGAGUUCUGGCCCAGUGCCACCUGCUCCCAGAGGUGCCAGUGUGGACCUGGGGGUGGCUCCCUGGUCUGCAAGCCUGCCAAGUGUGGGCUAGGCGAAGCGUGCGCCCUGCUGCCCUCAGGCCAGUAUGGCUGCCAACCUGUCAGUACGGCUGAAUGUCAAGCCUGGGGCGACCCCCAUUACAUCACCCUGGACGGGCACCGAUUCGACUUCCAAGGUGCCUGUGAGUACCUGUUGAGUGCACCUUGCAGUGAACCGCCUGCGGGGGUUGAGAACUUCACCGUCACUGUAGCCAAUGAGCACCGGGGCAGCCAGGCCGUCAGCUACACCCGCAGCGUCACCCUGCACAUCUACAACCACAACUUGACCCUCAGUGCCCGCUGGCCCCGACAGCUGCAGGUGGACGGCAAGCUCGUGGCGCUGCCCUUCCAGCUGGACUCGCGCCUGCGCGCCUACCUGAGUGGCCCCGACGUGGUGGUGACAGCGGCCACAGGGCUCUCACUGGCUUUCGACGGGGACAGCAACGUGCGCCUGCGCGUGCCAGCGGCGUAUGCAGGCGCCCUUUGUGGCCUGUGUGGGAACUACAACCGGGACCCUGCGGACGACCUGCAGGCAGUGGGCAGGAAUCCCGGCCAAUGGCAGGUGGGCGGCGACGAGGGCUGUGGAGAGUGCAUGCCCGGGCCGUGUCCCCCGCCUUGCACGCCAGAGCAGCAGGAGCCUUUCGGUGGUCCCGAUGCCUGCGGCGUGAUCUCGGCCCCUGACGGCCCGCUGGCCCCCUGCCACCGCCUCUUGCCGCCCGCGCAGUACUUCCAGGCCUGCUUGCUGGACGCCUGCCAGGCUCAGGGCCAUCCCGGAGGCCUCUGCCCUGCUGUGGCCGCCUAUGUGGCAGCCUGCCAGGCCGCUGGGGCCCAACUCGGCGAGUGGAGGCGGCCGGAUUUCUGUCCCUUCCAGUGCCCUGCCCACAGCCACUACAAGCUCUGCGGUGACUCCUGCCCUGUGAGCUGCCCCAGCCUCUCGGCGCCCGAGGGCUGCGAGCCAGCCUGCCGUGAAGGCUGUGUCUGCGAUGCCGGCUUUGUGCUCAGUGGUGACACCUGCGUGCCUCUGGGCCAGUGUGGCUGCCUCCAUGAGGGCCACUACUACCCACUAGGCGAGGCCUUCUACCCAGGCCCCGAGUGCGAGCGGCGCUGUGAAUGUGGGCCGGGUGGCCAAGUCACCUGCCAGGAGGGCACAGCCUGCCAGCCCCAUGAAGAGUGCCGGCUACAGGAUGGCGUCCAGGCCUGUCACCCUAAAGGCUGUGGCCAUUGCCUGGCCAGUGGUGGCAUCCACUACGUUACCCUGGAUGGACGCGUCUAUGAUAUGCAUGGCUCCUGCUCCUAUAUCUUGGCUCAAGUCUGCCACCCACAGCCUGGGGACGAGGACUUUGCCAUUGUGCUUGAGAAGAACUCGGCUGGAGAUCCCCAGCGCCUGAUAGUUACUGUGGCUGGCCAGGUUGUGAGCCUGGCUCAGGGCCCGCGGGUCACUGUGGACGGCGAGGCUGUGGCCCUGCCCAUGGCUGUGGACCACGUGCGGGUGACCGCUGAGGGCCGGAACAUGAUUCUGCAGACGACCAAGGGGCUGCGGCUUCUCUUCGAUGGUGACGCCCACAUCCUCAUAUCCAUCCCUGGCUCCUUCCGUGGCCGUCUCUGUGGCCUUUGUGGGAACUUCAAUGGCAACUGGAGUGAUGACUUUGUCCUGCCCAGUGGCACCGUGGCCCCCAGUGUGGAUGCCUUUGGAGCUGCGUGGCGGGUGCCAGGCUCCUCCCAGGGCUGUGGCGAGGGCUUCGGGCCCCAGGGCUGGCCAGUGUGCUCAGCAGAGGAGACAGCACCCUAUGAGAGCAUCAAGGCCUGCGGGCAACUCCGGGACCCCCAGGGGCCCUUCUCGGCCUGCCAUGCGGUGCUGAGCCCCUCUGAGUACUUCCGCCAGUGUGUGUUUGACCUGUGUGCCCACAAGGGCAACAGCACCUUCCUCUGCCGCAGCCUGGCUGCCUAUACAGCAUCCUGUCAGGCAGCUGGCCAGGCCGUGAAGCCCUGGAGGACAAACAGUUUCUGCCCGCUCCAGUGCCCCGCCAACAGCCACUACUCCACCUGCACGCACUCCUGCCAGGGCUCCUGUGCGGCUCUCUCCGGCCUCACCGGCUGCACCUCCCGCUGCUUUGAGGGCUGUGAGUGUGAUGACCGCUUCCUGCUCUCCCAGGGCGUCUGCAUCCCUGUCAAGGACUGUGGCUGCACCCAUGAUGGCCGAUACUUGCCGGUGAACUCCUCCCUGCUGAGCUCAGACUGCAAUGAGCGCUGCUCCUGUUCCUCAAGCACCGGCCUGACAUGCCAGGCAGUGGGCUGCCCUCUAGGUCGUGUAUGCGAGGUCGAGGCUGGGACCCGGGACUGCUGGGUCCCCGCUGGUCUCUGUUCCCUCUCUAGGAACACCAGUCUCACCACCUUCGAUGGGGUCCACAGUGCCGUCAGCAUCCCUGGUAUCUACGAGCUCUCUUUCCGCUGCCCAGGAAUACAGAACAUCCCCUGGUACCGUGUGCUUGCUGAUGUCCAGUUCUGCCAUGGCAAAGUUGAAACUGUGAAGCAGGCUCACGUCUUCUUCCAGGGUGGGCUGGUGACUCUGACCCCAAACAGGGGCAUAUGGGUGAAUGGCCUCCGAGUGGAUCUCCCAGCUGAAGUGUUGACAUCUGUGUCUGUGAGUCGGAAUCGUGAUGGCACCCUGCUCGUUCAGCAGAAGGCAGGGGUCCGGGUGCAGCUGGGCAGCAAUGGGCAGCUGGUCGUGAUGGUCGGCAGUGACCAUGCUGGGAUACUGUGUGGCGCCUGCGGAAACUUUGACGGGAACAAGAGCAAUGAUGGGCAUGACUCCCAGGGGAAUACAGCAGUGGAACAGUGGCGAGCGCAGGACUUCUCCCCAUGUCAUAACUGAUCAGCCAUCCACCAGAAAAGAGGAUUUCAGGACCUGAUCCCCCUGGAGGUUGCAGUAACUGAAGGAUGCACUGUGUCACUGUGUGUCCCUUCCCUGCUGUCCUCCUCUGCUGAGCCACUGGGGCUGACUGUGGGAGCAUUAAAUAAAUAUCUUAAGCUAA